CUCCUCCUCCUGCUCCUGCAGAGGUGUCGUCUCCUCCGAGCACCGCAGAGGGGGACAAACUGAAGCUGGUCGCCCAGGACACCCUGGACUCCCCCAGCCUCAGCCAGACGGCCUCCGUGUCCAGCGAGGACCCCCUGUCCCCCGUGGUCCGACCGUCAGAGUCCGGUCCACGAGCAGCCAACUCUCCGUCGGACAUCGUGAAGGAGACGGACGAGCGGCUGCCGCAGGUCCCCCUUCAGGAGCACGUGUUCUCCGAGUGCUCCAGAGAAAGGAUCCUGGGACUGCUGGCCGCCAUGCUGCCACCAGCCAAACCAGGCAGCACGCUGUCUCUGCCCAGUCUCAGCUCCAUCAUGCCCAAGCUCUUCAGGGCGGUCAUUUCCAACGCCGGCUCGCUCAACGAGACCUACCACCUCACCCUGGGACUGCUGGGUCAGCUGCUGCUCCGCAUCCCUCCGCUGGAGGCCGACGCCGCCGUCACCGAGGCCCUCGCCGACAAAUACGACCUGCUGACGCAGGGAGAGGCGGCCAGCUCGGACACGCAGGGCUGGAAGACCACGCAGCUGCUCCUCAGCCUCGGGGCCGUCUGCUUAGACAG